GUUUACUUCUUCUUCUUUUCGAGUGUAGUUUGGCGUACUUCUAUCAGAGUCGCCCGUAGUAAAAGACGCGCACGCGUCGCCGUGGUGGUGUGUAGUUGUAAGUACAUAUAAUAACAAACUGGAGGAAUAAACAAAGGCACUUCAAUUGCAAGUCAAGAUGCGUGAUGCCUCGAUGGUAGCCGCCUUUCCACCCGUCGUGUCGUCUUCUGCAAGAACCGCUACAACGGCAAGCGUGCUGUUAGGCGGCAAUGACCUCCUGAAUUCGGCAACCGUGCUGACCUCGUACUCUCCGGGGUUGUUCAACCUCGGGAGUGUUGUCUUGUUCGUGCUGCUGGUCCUGUAUCCACCCGUGAAAAUAUACCAUCUUGUUCUCCAUCCACUUUUUAUAUGAAAAAGAAACAAAAAAAUCUAGAUCUACGUACUCCGAGAAGAUGCUUUGCAUGACAAGUUCAAGUUGGUUCAAACGGAUGGUACUAAAUUUUCAGGGAAUAUCCUGUGGGCGGCGAAAAUUGCGCACACGUGGGCACAGUAUCUGGAAACUCACAAGGCGUUGGAACUUGGGGACGUGAGGGUGCUGCAACUUGCGGGCAUGAGUACUUAUCUUCAUAUACAUCGACAGUCGCGUGGUCAUGGACGUUGUUGAUGGAUUUCUUGCUGAUUUUUUGGUUUGUAGUUCUCCGCGGUUCGCUGCGAUGAGGAACCCGCCGACGAGGACAGUGCAGUAAAAGUAGCUGAUACGUCCAAAAGAACUACACGUGUUGUGAUCAUUCAUUUUCGUGGAAAUAAAUCGUGAUCGUAAAUGUAAAAUUGUACUUCUAGGUCCGUACCAGUGGGACAUGCGGCAGCUGGAGAAAAUGCAUAUGAAGCAGAUUCUCCGCAUGCGCUACCGGCAGCCGAGCGUUCCCAUCCAGCGGUGCGUGGUGCCGUGCCACGCGAUCACCGAGAGUGUGCGGCUCACGUUGCUGUCAUCUACUUCCACGACUGCUCCUGUUAGUAGCAAUGCUUCCUCGGCAGCGACCACGUCAACUUCGGCUACCUCUCCACAGAACGCAUCGCCUGCCAGCAAGCGUGGUCGCGCCACGGGCGGCAGUGAAGGUUUCGAAAAUACAGGAACAGCAGGCCUCGCAGCUACAGCAAAAAGUAAAACCAACACUGGUUCAUCUUCUUCUGCCUCCUCCACAACUGUUCAGUUCGAAAUAGAUCUGGCGGUGUCCCCGGCACAAGUCAGGCUGGUCCGCGCGGAGUUGCUAUUAGGCGUGCGCGCAGAGGAUAGUCAGACCCUGAUUUCGAUGGCCAGCAGUCGGAGCCGCGUUGUCUCAACUUCCAGCAGUACCGGACGAACAGACUACGAGCCAGAUGAGGACGAUGAUCUGUUUCCCGGGGAAAAUGUGGACGCGCGGUACCGGUCCGGCAUGCACGAGUUCUUGGUUGAUGAACUUGAAGAAGCACCAAUUACGAAUGAUAUUACCAGGAGCACGAGAACAGCAUCAUCCGGAGGUCCAACAAGUCGUACUACAGCAGGUGACCAGGAGGUUGUGGAGCAGCAGGUUGUCUCUCAGCACGUUUCGCUGUCCGUGCCAAACAUCGACCUGGACCUGGUGCGGCAGCGACGGGUGCCCAUGCUUUUCCUCCUUCAAACAGUUUCCCCGGCGGAUUACGAAAGACAUUCAACAAGAAGAAGUUCAGUGACAGUGUCACCCUCCUCGUCGACCACGACCGCGUCGUCCAAAAAUGCCAACUAUCGCAAUGAUCCGCAACACGCGUCGUCGAGAGCGAAGACCAUCAAUCCCAGCAGGCGCGGCGGGCCACGGGCGCGGAUAGGCGGGAAACCAGUGGUGACUGCCGACGUCGAAGCGUCUCUGUGGAAGAUCAACAGCGUGCCGCCUCCACGCGGAGGUGCUGGCCAACAAGCGGCGGCAAAGACUACGUCCACCAGCACCUCCCAGCUCCUGCCACUGGAGCUCAUCCGGCAAGUGGCCAUUGCCGGCGAAGAUGCGGUGGAGCUCGCUGCAAUCUACGGGUUCGAAGACGCCGAGCCGGAGGACCCAGCCAGCGCGGAGUGCAUGAUUUGCUACGAGCGCACGAAAAACUGCAUGCUGCUCCCCUGCCGCCACUGCAGCACCUGCUCGGUCUGUCUGCGGUCGCUCCGCGAAGAAAAGUGCCCGCUGUGCCUAUCAAAGUGGACAAUCUUAUAGUUUUCACCCGCUUUGCUCCCCGCAUUUGUACGUAGUAGAACACGAACAGCAGCAGAGGCUACAUUAGCAGAAAUUGAUAGAUUUCAAACCAUACACGACGAAAGCUCGCCCAUGGAUCUUCGUCGUGCUAAUUGGUGCAGCUGCAGUGCUCCUGCAGGUUGUAGUGACGGAAGGAGGUGCUCAGUGUCGUUUGCGUUUCAUUGAAGAUUAUUUUGCAUGUAUAAUUUUUUUCAUCGUUGGCGUUAGGUCCUUCUGUGGAACCAAGAAGUUGUCCACAUUCAUAGUUCCGCUCCCAGUUCGACAAGCACGUCAGCUUCCCUCGGCUGCGGCGGACGUCCUCGCGCAACCGUCGUGGAAGUUCGGGCGAGGGGAGGUCAACAUCGUCGUCAAGUUCGUCUGACGACGACACAGGGAUGGACGACGCCAACGGAAAGUCACCACAACGGAAGAAGCGCAGGGAAAGUAAGUCGCCACCCGGAGGUGGUGCCGCGUCUGAGGAUUCGGAUGUCGAAGACACUGAGGGAGGAGACACGACGAGCACAACUACGCUGCCGGGCCCUGGCGAGACAACUUCUAACAGUACGACCCGCGGGGGACGAAAAAGAAAAAGUUGCAGAAACAAGAAGAACGCAACAGGAUCAACAUCGGCAGAUUACGACACAAGCGAGAGUACUUCUACUUCAUCGGACGAAGGCAUCCAGAUCGACGACGGCGUGGAGUCGGAAAUAAAGUUUUCGUCCUCCGGGAGGAGAACAUCAGUUGGAAAGUACAAAAGAGGCGCCGUUGAAGUUGUGGUUCAGGAUUCGUCCGGAAGCACAGAAGUGGGCUCUACGUCGCGGCGAAGCAGGUCGAAGAAGACCAAGUACCGAGCGUUACAAGUGACGGAAGAAGUAGAGGAGGAAGGAGUAGGCACAUCGCGUGGAACAGCGAUGAACAAGACCGGGACAAGCAUGUCGACGCGCGGUAGUACUCGUACCAGUAGUUCUUCCAGUGAUCGCUAUAAUGGUGCGAAAAGUAGUACCGGAACCGGCGGACUAAAGAAGCAGAAGAACAAGAUUCGGGCGCGGACGUCUCCACAGGAAUUGCUGCGACAGUCGUCGGCAACAGCUGCUGCAAUGAGACCACUACUCGGCGGUCAUUCUGUGCCCGGUGAAGAUUUCAGUACUAGACUGGCCGGAAGCACUAGUAGAGGACCAAUUUCUGCCGCCCCCGCAUCGUCUUCUACCUCUGCGAGAUCUACUACCGGUAAUAUUGCACUUCCCGCCACCUCCGCGCGUUCUGACGGGCGCGAGCUGACGGAUUUUGCCGCGCUUGGCGAGUUGGAGUCACCGAUGUCGACCGGCAGCGGCAUGAUCCGGACUCUCUUCAGUUCCUGGACUGGCGGACUGUCCUUUCCCGGCAGCGCGGGUCGUGCCGCUUCACGAAGGGAGGGAACAAACAUUCGCUCGCAGGAACCGCUUUUGGACCGUGAUUCUUCAGACACGGAAUUAAACCAAAGCAGGACAAGAACCGCAAACUUGUCCCUUGCACCUGAGUAGAUACAGCUGGUUGUUUCAUGUGGUUCAUGAACAAAAAGAAAAAGCUGUGUUGGCUCUAGCAGGGUCGAUGUCGAAGUCGAAGGACAGCCUCUUGAAAAAAAGUAAAUGCGAGCACCCACCUCCACCUGCAUGGAACUCAGCAGCUGCGUUAGUGUUUGCCC